UCAUUGGUGGAGUCAGGCGCCCACUGAUUGACGCGCAGUAAUUGGCGCAGCUGCGCCUCCUGCGUUCAGUCCCGUCUCCACGCGCCCGCGGAUCUGAGCUUGAGGUACCUGCGUGGAUUGCGGCGCGAUCUAUCGAGUCGUUGAUUGAUCAUCCCGCCAUUCGCUACAUCGAAGCGAGGCGAGGGGAGCGUGCCGUAGACGCCAGGUGGUUCCAGUGUUGGCUGGAGGACCAUGAGAUGCAGCGGCAUGGAUCUGUUCUGGAGAAUCUUAGCUGCCUUCAGCUUCGACUGUUUUAAGGAUUCAACUUCGAGGUCUCCCACAAAGCUGGGCUCCAGCCGGGCCGGCAGCCUUGGCAGCAGCUCCCUGACGGGGUCCCUGUCCCUGGGGCCCGAGUUGCCCCACUGCCAGAACUGCAUCUCCUACGACGCCCACCUCAAGCGCCUGUCCUGUGGCCACCUGUACUGCAGCGCCUGCACCGACCACAUCGUCAACAAGGCCUUCGAAGACAUCGAGGGCCUCUCCGACUACCCCUGUCCCAUGUGCAAGUCCAUCCGCCAGCUGGUGGGGCUGGGGCCCGGGGCCCACUCGGGCUGCUUCUACGGGCCCUACAGUGUCCUGCAGACCGCGGAGACUGAGCGCGCCUGCUAGCGCCGUCGCGAUGGCUGGUGACUGCAGCUGACGAGACACGUCGGAUAGGUGGAAUGUAGGGGGGGGGGGGGGGGCACCCUCCUCAAUUGCUUCUAUGAGUGUCCUCACCGUCCCCGUGGUAACUCGGUACCGAGAUACCAAAGCCUGAUGUCUGAUGCUCUUAGGGCACUGGAUGGACGGACUGACAGACCCACAGGCAGGGCAUCGGGUUUGGCUAAUCGGAGGCUCUUCUGUAUGAAUGUAAACCGCUGGGCAGGGAAUCGUUGGGAUCAUCUGCACAUGUGUUGUCCGUGGCUGUUGUUCUGGUGUCCUCCGCCAAAUGGAGAUCUGUGUCAUUACAGAGAGUGGCCGCCGAGCACCUCGGUACACUGAAGGGCCCCUUGCUUAUCCACAGGCGUGACGCUGAGGAGCCACCUCAAUGUAGCCCGGAUGUACGACGGGUAGGUCAGCCUACCCGUUGGUACGGUCCACUGGGCAGGCUGGUGUGCAGAUCUGUCGUCACUCAGCUAGGCGGACACUUGGUGGUUAAGAGAGGGUAGGUAUUAUUGUGAUGGCUAACCAACGUUCCGCCUGGUAGUAAAAUAGGGGCCCUUUAACACACUCAUUUUAGUUUAACAUGCGUGGUCUUAGAUCAUCAACCCCAGUUGAGAUUUUUUUUUACAUUUAAAGCUGUCAAACAGUUACUCUGCGAGUCAAUGUCUUGUUUUCUCUGAAAGUUUAAACAUUUGCACUUUUUUUUUGAUUUUACUGACUUUUAAUGCUUAUUGUCAAAGAGUAUUUGCUAUUCUGCUUAAAAGGGUUUCAGAUGAUAUUGUUCAUACUUAUUUUGUUUAGAAAAUAAAGCUUGAGCUGUGUUUGACUCCCAAGAGCUGAGAUGAAUUGUGCUGGACAUUGAAAACGAGAGGGGAGCGAUUUAUGAAUUGAUGCCAUUUAUUGAGCAGGGUCAUCGCAAGUUGCUAGAAAUGUAUGAACAUAUGGCAAAUGACAGCAUUUGUAUCAAAACUGAAGUAUCCAACGGUUCAGGCCCGCGGUGAUAAUGUGGUCCCAAAGCCCUUGUAUACAGAGAACCACCAUGUUAAAGGUCAAUGCAACUGAAUAAUGAUGAAUGAUUCUCAAUGGAAGACAAGCAAACGCAUUGGCAUCACAAUACCGUAGAUCCCGAUCCGGUGACGGAUAUCUCAACGUACCUUGAUAUUUCAACGAUGAAUAUUUACAGCAGUUUAAUAAUUCAGAUCAAGGGUUGAGAUACCGAAAUGACACGUCCUCCAUCAUCCACAUAAUAACCUC